AUGGAGGCCACCCUCUUCUGGACCCCCAUUCCUGUAGAGGAGUUUGAGGAGGAGAUACAGCAGCAAGAGCAGCUGCUGCUGCAGCUGCUAGAGGCCCAAGGGUAUGUACCGCCGCAGCGGGAGCAGCAGCAGCAGCAAGAGCAGCAGCAGCAGCUGAAGACCGAUCAGCAGCAACAGCAACAGCAAGAGCAGCAGAAAGAGCUGCAGCAGCAGCAGCAGGAAAGGCAAGAGGACAAAGAUGCACAGCCUCAACAGGAACAGCAACAAGCCCAGCAGCAGCAGCAAGAGGAGCAGCAGCAAGAGCAGCAGCAGCAGCUAGAGCUGCAGCAAAGCCCUCAGACGUCUCCAGACUCAACUCGCUGCACAACUGUAGCAAAUGAGAUAAUGACUGCCCUUUCCCGUCUGUUAUUUCUGAAUGGCUUUUGCGUCAAUGCACCGCGGUGCUUCUUGGCAGAAGGGGAGACAAUAGAUGAAUAUUUACGGCAAGAACCUGCAUGGUUAGCUGUAUUUACAGCAGGAAGGAUGCCAUACACCGCAAACCUUUUCUGUUCUCUUCUUAGUUCAAUAUUUACUUAUGAUCCUCUUGGAUAUUGUAUUAUUUUGUUUGUUUUUAAUUCAGGAGAAACUUCCGAAUCAACAUCUUCCCCACC